AUGGCCGUCACCUACGACGAUGACAACCAAGAGGCGCGUCCCUCCGGCGCCGAGCGUAGCACGCCCCUCAAUCGAAUGCGAUGGGCCACCACACGAAAGCCUGGCAAGAAGGGCUCCCAGAAAAGGAGGUCCAUCUUCCAGCGGAACAUGGCGCGAAUGAGCAGCUUGAGCGGGAACCGCCGGUCGACUGCCUCUGAUGCGAGCGAGAUCAAGGCCGACGAAAUCGCAAACGACCGACCGUCAGAGGGCCAAACAUCACGCACCAUAUAUUUCAAUCAGCCACUGCCUGCCGAUGCGCGCGACGAGGAAGGCCAUCCGCUACAAACCUUCAAGCGCAACAAGAUUCGGACAGCCAAAUACACCCCCAUCAGCUUCAUCCCCAAAAACUUGUGGUUUCAGUUGCACAACAUUGCUAACGUGUACUUUUUGUUCAUCGUUAUUCUGGGUAUCUUCUCCAUCUUCGGUGUCACGAACCCAGGUCUAUCUGCGGUGCCCAUCAUUGUUAUCUUGGUCAUCACCGCCAUCAAGGACGCCAUCGAAGACUGGCGAAGAACGGUCCUCGACAACGAAUUGAACAACGCUCCCGUGCACAGACUUGUCGAUUGGGAAAAUGUCAACGUUUCCGAUGAAAAGGUAAGCCUUUGGCGCAGGUUCAAAAAGGCCAACACGCGCUUGAUUCUCGGCGUUUGGAGAUGGUGGAAGGGCAAGCGAGAACAGCAGCUCGCCAAGAAGGGCAAAGGAAAAGCCGGACAGGACUUGAGGCUGGAACAGAAGCUGGAAGAGGACGAGCGCAGAAACAGUGUAGUCACUGCACGAUUGGAUGAAGAAGAUGACUACAUUCACGAAAAUCAAGAAGGCGACGUGGAGAUGACUCCUGUCCCUUCACCCACACCCGGACAGAAGCCUAAGCAGUACGGCGAUCAGGUGCAGGAGACGGACUAUGGGGUUGUAGAUCCUGGACUUCAAUCCGAUACUCUGACUGUACCCACAGGACACGGCAAGGUGGAAGAAAUCGCGGUACCGAAGAAGUUCCAUGGCAGUCUGAUCAACCCGCACAAAGACAGGACAGAAACGGCACGGUUCAAGCGAGACUACUGGAAGAACGUGCGUGUGGGCGAUUUCGUGCGACUCUACAGCGAUGAGGAGGUACCGGCCGACAUUGUUGUUCUGUCAACAAGCGACCCUGACGGCGCGUGUUACAUCGAAACCAAGAACUUGGACGGUGAAACGAACCUUAAAGUGCGCACCGCGCUUUACUCGGGUCGCUCGGUGAAACGCGCUCGCGAUUGCGAACAAGCCGACUUCAUCAUGGAAAGCGAGCCUCCCCAUGCCAACCUGUACGCGUAUUCGGGUGUGGUGAGAUGGAACCAGUACAGCGUGCGAGAUAUCAACGCUGAGCCCAAAGAGAUGGCAGAGCCGGUUGGCAUCAACAAUCUACUCCUCCGUGGCUGCACUGUUCGAAACACCGAAUGGGUGCUGGGAGUCGUGGCUUUCACUGGCGAUGACACCAAGAUCAUGCUCAACUCCGGCAUUACUCCUGCCAAGCGACCCAAGAUCAUGCGUGAUCUGAACUGGAACGUGUUGUACAAUUUCGGUAUCCUCUUCGUCAUGUGCUUGAUCGCAGCCAUUGUCGAAGGUGUGACAUGGGGCCAAGGCGACAAUUCGCUCGACUUCUUCGAGUUCGGAUCUUAUGGAGGCACUCCUGGCCUCAACGGAUUCAUCACAUUCUGGGCCGCCCUCAUCUUGUUCCAGAACUUGGUACCUAUCUCGCUCUACAUCUCGCUGGAAAUCGUGCGUAGUGUGCAGGCCUUUUUCAUCUACUCGGAUGUGUACAUGUACUACGAGAAGAUCGACUACCCAUGUACGCCGAAAUCCUGGAACAUCUCGGACGACCUGGGCCAGAUUGAGUACAUCUUCUCUGACAAAACUGGAACUCUUACGCAAAACGUCAUGGAGUUCAAGAAGUGUACCGUCAAUGGCGUGCCAUAUGGAGAGGCCUACACCGAGGCUUUGGCAGGCAUGCAGAAACGGAUGGGCGUGAAUGUUGAAGAAGAAGGCGCAAAAGCAAAGGCGCAGAUCGCACAGGACCGCGUUACUAUGCUUGAGCGCAUUCGGAAGAUGCACAACAACCCCUACCUCAACGAUGACGAGCUGACAUUUGUUGCGCCAAACUACAUUGCAGACUUGGAUGGAGAUGCCGGUCCAGUACAAAGAGCGGCGACCCACCAAUUCAUGCUCGCCCUUGCUCUGUGCCACAGCGUUAUAACUGAGCGCACACCAGGUGACCCACCAAAGAUCGAGUUCAAGGCGCAAAGUCCGGACGAGGCUGCUCUGGUGGCUACCGCACGAGACGUUGGAUAUACGGUUAUUGGCCACUCCAAUGACAGCAUCAUCCUCAAUAUCCUGGGCCAAGAGCAGGAAUUCCAUGUGCUCAACAUUCUCGAAUUCAACUCGACCAGGAAGCGAAUGAGUUCCAUCAUCCGCAUGCCAGACGGCAAGAUUAUCCUCUUCUGCAAGGGUGCCGACAGUAUCAUCUACUCUCGACUCAAGAAGGGCGAGCAAGCCGAGCUGCGAAAGUCCACGGCUGAGCACCUGGAAAUGUUUGCAAGAGAAGGUCUACGAACUCUGUGUGUCGCGCAGAAAGAGCUUACCGAAGAUGAAUAUCAGAAGUGGAACAUCGAUCACGAACUUGCUGCAGCAGCUGUACAGGACCGUGAGGCGAAGCUGGAAGAGGUUUCUGACCGCAUCGAACGAGAACUGACACUUCUUGGUGGCACUGCCAUUGAAGACAGACUGCAGGAUGGCGUUCCCGACUCCAUUGCUCUGCUUGCCCAGGCUGGUAUCAAGCUGUGGGUGCUUACGGGUGACAAGGUCGAAACAGCCAUCAACAUCGGCUUCUCCUGCAACCUGCUCGACAACGACAUGGACUUGAUCGUCUUGAAGGUGGAAGACGACAACUUUGACGAAGCUGAAUCUGAGCUGAACAAGCACUUGGCUGCGUUUGGCAAGACCGGCUCUGAUGAGGAGUUGAAGGCGGCCAAGAAGAACCACGAACCACCAGCGCCCACACACGCUCUCGUUAUCGACGGUGACACGCUCAAGAUUGUUCUGGACGACCGACUGCGACAGAAGUUCCUGCUUCUGUGCAAGGAGUGCAGAUCAGUACUGUGCUGUCGUGUCAGUCCAUCGCAAAAGGCUGCUGUCGUCGGUCUCGUCAAGCACACUCUUGAAGUCAUGACUUUGUCAAUUGGCGAUGGUGCCAACGAUGUGGCCAUGAUUCAAGAAGCCGAUGUCGGUGUCGGUAUCGCUGGUGAAGAAGGUCGUCAAGCCGUCAUGAGCUCUGACUACGCUAUUGGACAGUUCAGAUUCUUGACAAGGUUGUUGCUUGUGCACGGCCGUUGGGACUACAGGCGAAUGGCCGAAUGUGUUGCCAACUUCUUCUACAAGAACAUCAUUUGGGUCUUCGCCUUGUUCUGGUACCAGAUCUACACCAACUUCGACUGCUCGUACGCCUUCGACUACACCUACAUUCUGCUCUACAACUUGGCCUUCACAUCCCUGCCAAUCAUCUUCCAGGGUAUUCUGGACCAAGAUGUGGAUGACAAGGUCUCGCUGGCCGUACCUCAACUCUACCGCCGCGGCAUUGAACAGCUCGAGUGGACGCAAACCAAGUUCUGGAUCUACAUGUUUGAUGGUCUGUACCAAUCAGUGAUCUGCUUCUACUUCACGUACCUGCAGUUCUACCUGGCCAACUUCGAGACCGAGUCUGGCAGGAACGUUAACGACUACAAGCGGUUGGGUGUCUACAUCGUCAACCCCACCGUCGUGGUUGUCAACGUCUACAUCCUGAUCAACACUUACCGAUGGGAUUGGUUCAUGGUGCUCAUCACUACCAUCUCGAUCCUACUCAUCUGGUUCUGGACUGGUGUCUACACAGCCUUCACAGCUGGCUUCACCUUCUACGAGGCCGCCCCACAGGUCUACGGCGCGCUGUCAUUCUGGUGUGUUGGACUCUUGACAGUCAUCGUCUGCCUGCUGCCUCGAUUCUGUGCAAAGGCCUUCCAGAAGAUGUACAUGCCAUAUGAUAUUGAUGUCAUCCGCGAGCAAGUCCGCCAGGGCAAGUUUGACUAUCUUAAAGAAGUCGACCCCAACAGCGUUGCACCUCAACCUGACAAGCUGGCCGAAUCGCUGACUUCUAGCGAAAUUUCCAACGGCAAGCCUUUGGACCACAAACCCGAUCGGCCUACGAUGGAAGAGGACAUGAGGCCUAUAUACCCGCCCAGCGUUGCAGGAACAGCGGCGACGCAUAAUGCCCGGAGCAAUAACGGUAGCGACGGAACUGACUAUACCGGCCAUCGAUCUAGCCUCGACCGCGCAUUCCCCCACACUGGCCACACCAGCAACAACCCCGGGUCAGAUCCAUAUGGCUUCGACCGCCGACCAUCAGCGCCAGCAAUCGAACCUCCUCGACCGAGCUUCGACCGUCUACGCAGCAGCAUGGACCGAACACGGCCAUCCUUCGAAGCGAGUCGCGACUUCACCAGCGCGGCAUACCUCUCGCGGGUGGAAAGCAGUCACUCCGGCGCGAACCAACCCGGGCCCGAUCAGAAGAGCAGUCGAAGAAGAGAAGACAUCUCGGACGAUCUGAGGAGGUGA